CUGACCAUGGUGAGACACAUACUACAAACCAUCGCGCCUCUAAUGGCCGUCCUUCUCAUAAAAGGGGCUUCUGCUAGGAGGGUGUCCACGGAGGGUCUGGCAGCCUUCAACACAUGCAAAACACAAGAGAACGUCUCUGAUGAAGAACUAAAGAUUAUCAAACAAGGAUCUGUGCCUUCCACAACAACUGGAAAGUGCUUUCUGGCUUGUAUGAUGGAACAAUCACACUUGAUGAAAGAUGGGAAGUAUGAUUUUGAUCAAGCUCUGAACAUGGCUGAGGGUACACUGAGAAACAAGAGAAAGCAACUUAAGAGAGCCAAGGAUAAAAUAAAGACGUGCAGAAAUCAAAGUUUUCAAGAGACAGACCGAUGUGAGCAUGCUGCAGCUGUUGCCCAAUGCAUGAAGACCUCCUGAAGGCAAAGAUGUGAGAAACAUUUCAACAAGGUCCUUCAAGAUAUCAAGAAGUUAAAUUAAUGAAAUACAGCCAGAUAUAAGAAGUAAAACUUACAUUAAAGGAGUAUAUCCCUUAUGGUAUUUAUUGUUCUACAAAGUAUUCGAAGUAAAUUGUACACCUUUAUUGUUAUUAAAAACAGGUACAUAAUAAAUCAAUCUCAAAGACUGAAUAAAA